AUGGCUUCUAAAUCACGGAAAAAGGUUGCGUUUCACUUUUUUCCACAAAAAAAUCUCUUCUCAGGGACCUGACGAUGAACAAGCCAUGUUAAAUGCAACACUGGCAGAGUUUCAGCGAGACUUCGGCGAAACUGAGUCGAAAACAGUCAAGUCGCAAAAAUUUGUUUUUGGAGCAACCGUUGAAGGGAACACAGGUUUUAAUGAACAAAAGGUUUUUGGAAGAAUAAUUUUCUUUUUGAGUUCACACGGAGAAACUAGCUCCAAACGCUUCGAACGUUUUCAAACAGGCCGUCAAUUUUGAAGUUGCCAAGAAAAUUGCCGAAGCAAAGGUGAGCUAAGAAAAAAAAGUACCGUAAGAAUUCUCUUCGAAAAAAGAGAAGACGCUCUUAUUUUUUCGAAGUUUUUGUAUUUGAAAAAGGUUUUAUCUUUUCACUGACUCUUCAAAAUGUAGUUAUCAAACUUUUUCAAAAAAAUCAAUAAAAAAAGGAUUUUUCAUUUAUUGCGAAAUGAAUAAGAACUUAUUAUGGUGAUUAUGAGUCGAUAAUUAAUAGGCUUUGCCAAAAUGAAGUAAAUAAGGAAAAAAAUAUAUGUUUAAAAACUAAGUUCAGGCGAAAAUAAUGGUGGCGGAGGCGAAAAAGCUGAAAGAAGAAGCUCCCAAGCAGUCUUCUUCAUCCUCGCCGAUGCCCAAGCGACCGCCCAAGCCCGGCUCGAGCCACGCCAAAAAACUGAGCAAUUUGGAGCUACUCCAGCAGGAGAUGAAUCUGUUCGUGAUUUUUUUUUUUUCAUAAUCAUCAAGCCUCAACUAUUCAUUUUCAACAAGAUGUUUCUUACUUGGUUAGCGUCUUCUCGGGUUUAGCAGAUAAUAUAUUUUUUUUUUCAAAUAUCUUGACCUAGGUCUAAAAACCAUCAUUGAGUUUUUUGCUUAAUAAUUAUGAUUAAACUUUUUUUUCCAAAAAAAAAAGGCGGAGGUAAUGUAUUUGAAAAGACCAACCCAACAUUAAUUUCUUCAAGGCGGUUUUCUUGUAGUUCAGUUGAAGUUGAAUGGGAAACGAAAACUUAUAACUUUUUUUUGUAGAGCUCAACAAAAUCGAAGCGGCAUUUACCCACAAAGAGAUGUCAAGCCGAAGUUUGAGCCGUAUGUUUCUCACAAUUUAUUAACAGAUUGUUUCAUUUCACUUUUCAGGGAGGAGAACAGCGCUUUGACAACGGAUCGAGCACUCACCACCAACAUUUACAUCAGUCACUUGCCUCAUGAGGUGCGCCGAACUUGGAAAAAAAAAGAUCGAGCUUCAUGAAUACGUUCUAAGUAUCGCAAAAACUCAUAAAAAGCCAAAAAUUCAGACCUGUCUUGUAGAACAUUUCAAGAAAAGACAUUUGAUUUUAGGUCACCAAGGAAGAUCUUUUGCUUUCUUUCGGAUCUUUUGGCCCACUGGCUUCCGUGAAGGUUUUGUACCCAAGAAAUGAAGAAGAAGAACUUCGGCCGUUCAUUUGCGCCUUCGUCGCUUACAUGUUGGUUUCCCUCUUCAAAAUUUAAGCUUCCAGCAAAAAUGAUUUUUUGGCCGUUUUCAAGUCUUUUUUUGAGGCAUCGCUCCGAUUUCGAAAGAGUUAUGGCAGAACUUCCAAACUUGAUCAUACGUGGGGAACCCAUACGCGUGGCUUUCGGAAAAAUUGUUCCGAUCCCGAAAUUGGUAUGUUUUUCUUUUCUUAGACCACUUUUAGGAUAGAAACUAGUCUUUGGUAAAUUUGCCUUUCAAAAAACGCUCUAAAACUUUUUUUCAUGUUUGUAAAUCGGGAAAAAGGGUUCAAAAUGAUGUUUCAAUCCGCCCUUUUGAUAGCUUUUCCUCUUGAUUUCCUCUCUCUUAAGCCAUUCUACGUGCCGCCGGUGCUUCUCAAACGCGUGUGCCCCGACCCGUUCACAGGUCUUCCAUUCAACGCCCGUCCACUCGCCGUUGAUGUUGAUCAUCCGAAAAUUCAGUCCAUUUCUGCUUCUUUUCAGGCCCUGGCCUUUCUCAAGAAACAUGGCUCCUUCCCCAGACUUGCUGAAAUGCCCAGUCAGGGCGACCCGAUGUUCCUAGACUACCAGAAGGUUAGUUGUCGAGUGAGUACUCAAAAAUUGGGAUUCUGCAUUAGUAACUUUGAAAAAGUAGGCGAAUAAACCUUAUCUAAAAAUAAUUUUUUUAUAUCUUCGAAUUUUUCAUCUGCAGAAAUUGAUGUAUUUUUUUCCAAGCCUGAUUUGUGAGUUUUUUUAAUUAAAAAAAUCUAAAAAAACAUUCAUAUAAAGUCUGAGAUCCGAUUGUCGCAAGCGUUUUCGAUCGUUUCACGAGAAAUUCAUACAAAAAAAUAGAAAAACCUUUUUUUGAGAAAAAGAUAUUUUUAAUAAGAGCUGUUGUGUAGUAUCGAAUUUUUGAAUCUUUUCAGAUGAUCCGAAACGCAACUGUUCGUGUAGCAAUCCCAACGGAUAAGUGAGAUUCUCCUAGAAGAAAAAAUGAGAAAAUAAAUGUUUAAGGAAAGUUUUGCGGCUGAUAAAUCGGAUGGCGGCCUAUGUUGUGAACGACGGACCCAUUUUUGAGCACAUGAUUAUGGCCAGAGAAUUCGGAAAUCCGCUGUUCAAGUCAGUCUCCUUUCCAGUCAAACUUGGAAGACUCAACAGCUUUUUUUUGAACUUUAGAUUUCUUUUCGAGUACAACCACCCAUCUCAUGCUUAUUAUCGAUGGAGAAUUUUCUCACUGAUGCAUGGAGAUUCGGUGAAGGCCUGGAGGAGGCAAAAGUUCAGGUAAAAGUUUUGUAUAUUUGCAUGGAGAAAUUUAGUUUCGGAACUUUUGAAACGAUAAAUGUUUUAUGUUGGUCGGAAUUUUGUCUAGAAAGUAGUAAUUUAGUUUGACAUCCGAAAUGAGGUCAAAAAAACGCAAACUUCUGAAAUAUAGAAAUAUUUUCUGAGCCGUGAAAGUAAUCAUAUGACUUAAAAUUCGAUGGAAUCGGUAGAAAUUAUAAUUUUGAAGGAUGGUGGAUGACGGCUCUUGGUGGGAGCCGCCGCGGCCUUCGGCGGAACUUCAAGGCGCUAUGCCGCCCGAUUUAUACCGAUUUUCUUGCAAUAAUGUUUAUCCUGAACGUUGGUUCCUCAAUUACAAGGAAAAGAUGUUUCCCAAGGUUCCACGAUUUUCUUGAUUCCAAAAUCUCAUCAAAGGACUUCAGAAGGAACGAGAAAUUCCGCAAAAGGAGAAACCGAAACCAAAAGUGGCCGAACUGAAAAGAAAGCAACGCGAAAAGCUGAAGAACCGCUUGAAAGAGUUGACACCGGAGAAGAGGAAGGUUGGACAGCAUUCUCGGAAGUUCCAUGCUUGUAAAUGGUUAGAUCGGAGAGCUGAUGGUCUGGUGUUUGGACCAUUUUGCAAAACACGCCAAGGAGAUUUGCAACAUCAUUUGCGACUCGUUUGCCGAGAGUUUGACUGGGCCUCUUUAUAAUGUCAUCGCCAGGUUCCCUUCAUUUUCUCUCUCCUUCUGAUGUCGAAAAUCUCCAGAUUGUACUUGAUCAACGACAUCUUGCACAACACUUCCAAACGAGGCAUUCGCGAUGCUUUUUAUGUUCGAUUUUACUUCGAGCAACGGCUUGAGGAGGUAAAAUUUAGUUUUGUGAGAUAGGACAUUUCAUCUUCAAGUACAAACUUAUUUUCAAGAUUUCUGAAUAUUUGAGUUCCGAUAUGGCGUAAGUCUCAGUUUCUUUUCAUUUCAGAUUUACGAACUCACAACUAUUGUAAAAACUAGUUUCGGGUUUGAUAAUAUAGCUUGCAAUUUCCUUUCGAAAAAUAUUUAUCUUCAAAAAUAUUUAUUCCGAAAAAAAUGUUCAGUUCUGAAAAAUUUUUUUCUCUGAGUAUUAAAGUGUAGAGGUUUUUGAUAGCUUUGAAAACAUUUUUUGAUGGGAUUUUUUUUUGAAUUUCUCCGGGUCAACCGAUUCCGCGAGUGUCCAUGGAUGGGGAGAACUUGAAGCGAUUCGAGGGAAAUAAAUAUUUUUUCAUCCUUUUCAUAUUUUGAGAUCAUGAAAUCAACGAGAAAGACGCAUCAAUCGAUUGAAGCGCGUCUGAAGAAGGAAAACUUCAAGAGUCGCGUGAAUAAUUGCAUCCGGUAACUGGAAAGACCCGAAUGAUCGCUUUCAACUAUUUUUAGAGCUUGGGACGAGGAAAACAUUUUCACGAAGGAGAAGCUAAUGAACGCUUUAGACGUUUUCCACGGGUUGAGCUUGAAGGAAGAGGUUGGAAAAAAUAAUUAUUAUUUUCUGAAAUCUGAUGAUGCUGACGUGACGUGACACUCAAAAAAGCGCCAAAAGACCCAAAUAGGAAAAAACUUUCAACUAUAAGUUGAUCAAUUACGUAUAAGAACUUCUUCGACUCUAAAAGAAAUUUGCAGGAAGAGAUUCCCGAAGUUUCGGCCAAGAAGAGCAAAGUCGUUGAAGAAGACGACGAUGAUGAAGAUCUGGAUGGCGUCCCGAUCGACGACGAAAUCGAUGGUGUUCCGAUCGAUAUUGAAGUGAGUCAACUUCGAAAUUGAUUAUUUUUCGAUAAUGUUCCACUUUAAACCCAAUUUAAGGCUCCUCCUGUGACUAACGACAAAAAUCGCUUUGCUAACUUUUUCAAGCCGGUUUUCGACGCGCCGGCAGCUCCGAAGAAGGUAAUUGAGGCUAGUAGCCGUAGUAUGAGCAAUACGAUCAGGAGACCGUCGAUCAUCACGUCGCCUCCAAGUGGGACAAUGACGACGACAGUGACAGCACUCAGGGCCCCGAAGCGAAAAAGAGCAAAACCUCGUCCGAUACGGUAGGUUCAAAGGAAGCAAAAUUUGAAACAUAUUGAAACUUCAAUAAAUGAGCGUUUCCGUUUUUCCGCCCACACGUCACGCUUUGAUAAAAAUUUGAAGUUUUUCUGAAAAGUUAGAGUAUUAUUCUUUAUUCUGUCGAAAAAAAAAAUGAGAGAAAAGAAGUUUUAAUAAAGAAAACUUUCCUCAAACAAACGCCGAAAGGUUUUUUGAAAAAUAGUGCUAAUCAUAAGAUUGUCUGAAGCACGAAUCAUUUGAAAACACAGAAGAUUUUCUGAAAUGAAGGGUGUUUUUCAGAGAAGCGAUAAGAAGGAGCGGGAUCGAGAGAAAAGACGGUCGUCUCGUGAGAGGAAGAAGAGUCCGGAGGCCAGAGACUCCAGAAAGUCCAGGGAAUCUUCCUCCAGAAGUUCCGGCUCGAAGUCGGAAGCUUCCAGGUUUCAAUCAUGUCUGAUAUCUUAAAACCAACUUUUUUUUCCCAGAAAUGCCAACAAGGAAGACGAGAAGCGGAAGUUGAUGAGACAAGUCGAAGUGAGUUUUUCCGAAAGAUUUUCUUCUCAAAUAAGAAGUUUUCUAGGUUGAAGCCAUGACUCUGAGCGAUGAGCUGGAGGCCAAAAAUGAUCCGAAAGUCAAACAAAAGGUAUCGAAAGCACGGUUUUCUUCGAAUCCUCAUUAUCUGUCCAGGUCGAAGAGUUCCGCGAGAAGCGCAUCAAAGAGGUGCUGAAAAAGCUGGAAAAAGCAGAAAAAUCUUCCAGGAAACGGUCGACGUCGCGCAAACGCAAGCGCUAA